AAAGAAAACGACAAAAAAUCGAAAAAAGUUAUCUUUUUCACCUCCCACAUUCCACACUACAAAAUCCCUCAAACCCGCUCACUUUCUUCACCAAACAAACGCACUUCUAACCAAACCUGUCUCUUUCUCUGUCUUCUCCAAACCACCAUAGAUCCCGCUCUCUUGUUUCUUUCAUUACAUGGUCAACACUUAAUGGGACCCGACCCAUUCACAUUCCCGGCUCAUAUUUCUUCACUUCAAAAAUCGAAUCUUUCUACUCAAUUUCAUAGCCCUUUAGCUUCAUCAACUUAGCCUCAGAAAAUGCAAUCGGAUGGGUCUCAAUCCGAUAACCCGACGACCCACUUUGUUCAGUCUCAGUCUUUUUCAACUUCUUCAGAUACAAGAGGGAAACAUAGGAUACAUGCUGAACUUAAACGGUUGGAACAAGAAACAAGGAAGAGCUGGAAAAGCUUGAGAGGAUGGACAAAGCAUCUGCAUCGUGUAAAGAGAUGCUUAGCAAUGUCGAGAAAAGGCCUGACCCAUUACUUCCAUUUUGGUCCCUUAAAUCCUAUAUGGGAUAGAUGGUUUGAAGGACCCCAAGAUUCCAAAGGCUGCUGCAGAUGUUGGAUUCUCUGAAGAUAAUUGCCAAAUUCUACAUUUUUUUUCCCUUUAAUUCGAGAUUGGUCCUGAAAUUUUGUGAGUUUAUUUUUUCAUGAAUUCUUCGUGUGUAUAUAUAUUAAUUACAGCAAAUACAUAGUUUUUAUAUUUCAGAUAACAACUUAAUUGCUCGUAUGAUAA